CUCAAUCUCUCCCUAUAUAUAGCGGCCCACUCACAACGCACCUCUCACCUUAUCCUCAACCUCAAAAACAACAUCCUUAACCAUACAAAAAAUCCGAUCAUGAUUUCCGCAUCCGUUACCCUCUUAACUCCUUUCCUCUCCGCCAAAUCCCCCCUCAAUGCCACGCCGCCGACAUCCGUCUCUUUCCGCCAGCCGCUCCGCGUCUCCGCCGCUUACGCCGCCACUGCCGAGCGAACACCCCGCAUCGCCGCAGCCACAUCGCUCUACGACGUCCUGGGGAUCCACACUGGCGCCACGUGUCACGAGAUCAAGACGGCCUACCGCAGAUUGGCCAGGACUUCUCAUCCGGACGCCAAAUCCAACGGCGGAAAGGACUCGUCGGCGGAUGAGUUCAUACGCAUCCACGCGGCCUACUCCACGUUGUCCGAUCCCCAAAAACGCGCGGACUACGACCGGAAUCUGUUAGGGCGGCCAUCGUACGCAAUGUCGCCGGGAUUCUCCGGCCGCACGCGUCGCACGUGGGAGACUGAUCAGUGUUGGUAGUGCUGUACUGAACUCUAAUUGCACUGAAGUUCAUGUAGUAGAGAGAUGUACGUACAGGAUGAUGGGAUUGUAUAGAAUUGCAUAUCAGCUACGGUUCGAAUUCGAACCCUUCUGAGUAUGUAAUCAGACGCUUUUUUGAAGUCUGAAGUAAUCACCGUUUUAUGGAAAAAAAAAUUUGCAUUUUUAGAUUA